CAUAGACGUGGGUUUUUGGCAAGCUCUGAACUUCUGAAGGGUUGGGCAACUUGGGCUAGAUAACCUGGAAUACAAAUUGAAAUAACAGCCACGACUUCGACAUUCUUUCUCUUUCGUCCCAGACAUCACUGCCCCGUACCACCCAGUCAUCUUUCUGAUUAUUCUCGCCAUGAAGGCCCUUGUGUCAAAACCUCACCUCCUCUCAAGGGUUGCUACUCUGGCCUUGGGCAAGACCAUCGGGGGCCCAGCUGCAGAGUUCACAGACGUCCCCGAGCCGACCAUCUCCCCCAACGAGAUCCUUGUCAAGGUCCGCGCCGUCGCACUUAAUCCGACCGACCAUAUGCACAUUGAUGUUAUCUCACCUCCCGGAUCCACCAUCGGCUGCGACUAUGCUGGCGAAGUCGCCAAAGUCGGUGGUAACGCCGUUAAAGCUUGGUCAGUUGGGGACCGCGUUGCAGGCGUUGUUCACGGUGGUCUCGUUCCCGGCCGGGGUGCCUUCGCCGAGUACCUCAAAAUUGAUAGUGAUCUCGCAUGGAAGGUCCCGGACGACGUGGACGACGCAGCUGCUGCAACGUUCGGCGUCUCUGCCGCGACGGCCAUGCUUGCUCUAAAUUGCCGCCUCGGCCUCCCUUAUCCUGGCGAGGAACAGGACAUUCGGCGGCAGCAAACAGCGCCUGCCAUUUUCAUCUACGCCGGUUCCACAGCUGCCGGCCUCUUUACCAUUCAAACCGCCAAGCUCGCCGGCUACACUGUUGUCACGACCGCCUCGCCACACUCCACCGACCUCGUGAAGAGCUAUGGCGCCGACGCUGUCUUUGACUACCACGACCCAGACGUUGCCACCGCAAUCACCAAGCAGUACCCCGACAUCUCCAUUGCCGUUGACUGCUUCUCCAAGGGCAAGUCCUUCGGGAUCAGCGACGAAGUGCUCAAGAACAGCAAGGGCAAACUCAUCACGCUGCUGCAGCCACCCAAGCCCAAGUAUCCCGGGGUCGAGCACGAGCUCAUCUUGGCCUACACGCUCUUCGGCCAUGCAUUCCAAUGGCUGCCGCCCGUUGGACCGAAGUGGCCAGCGCUCCCCGACGACCGCAAGGCGCUCGCCCGCUUUUAUGCCACUUUGCCGCAGCUCGUGGGCAGCAAGAAACUCAGGGCGCCGCCAGUUCUUUUGGAGGAGGGGGGGUGGAAUGGAAUCUUGACGGGACUGGACAAGUUGCGGGCGGGUAAGGUGUCUGGUGGCAAGAUAGUGGUCAAGUUGUGACUUGUAUAAGCCGAAACCCUGCUUGGCCUCCAUACACGUCGUCAUGGAAGCCACGUGACAACUCAACGAUUGGGCGGGGUCGGGCCGCAGUGCUUGAAGUUUUGAAUGCAGGAGCGGGACGAUUGUCACGAUUUAAUUAGUCCA